GCGUCUUUCAGUGCGGAGAUCUGUGGAGUGAUUUCUCAUGGUAGAGUUGUCUAAAGCCCUCGAAAACGAAUCCGAAAUGCGUUUGUUUGGAGGGAAUUCUGAUAUCCACGAGAAGCUGCAAAAUGAAUACUGGGAAUGCUACGUUGAUCUGCAUCGAUUUAUCCAGUCAACAACGUCUUUGGUUGCUACGCUCCUGAGAAAAGUACAACAAUACAGGCAUAUUGAACUCCAAGCAUUGUCAUCCAAAUUGACCGACACGCUGCAUCAAGUUCAG